GGGAGCGCAGCGCCCAGCUCCAGCCCGGCUCCUGGGUGGCUUCUCCGGGCGCGCAGCGGUGCCGGCACCGCGUCUCCAAGCGGCCUCUGCGCGCAGCGGCGCCUGGGCGCUUUGACGCGCUAGCCGGGGAGGGCAGUGAACUUUGGGGGUCGCGGGCGGAGGCGGCGGAGCAGCGAUGGAGGCGGUGAACCAGCUCGCCUCCACGGGCACUUUCCGGGCGGUGAAGGAGCCGCUGGCUUUCCUGCGGGUGCUGGAAUGGAAAACCCAUACAGGCAGAGAAGCAUGCGGUGCUCUUCCUGCAGACUUGCUGGGUGUUUCGGCUCCAUCCUGCGCUCAGCAGCCAGUCCUUCCUGAGGGACCUCUUUUUGCGAUCUUUGCAUUUGCAACAUGUGGUGGUUAUUCUGGAGGCCUGCGGCUCAGCGUGGACUGUGCAAACAAGUCAGAGAGUGACCUCAGCAUUGAUGUAGCCUUUGCCUAUCCUUUCAGGUUGCAUCAGGUGAAUUUUGAUGCUCCCACCUGCGAAGGCAAACGACGAGAAACGCUCUCGCUAAUAGGGGACUUCUCUUCUUCUGCGGAAUUCUUCGUCACUAUCGCAGUCUUUGCCUUCCUCUAUUCUUUGGCAGCCACCGUUGUUUACAUUUUCUUCCAGAACAAAUAUUGUGAAAACAACAGGGGGCCUUUAAUUGACUUCAUUGUGACAGUGGUCUUCUCCUUCUUGUGGCUGGUGGGUUCGUCUGCUUGGGCAAAGGGACUGUCUGAUGUAAAGAUUGCUACUGAUCCAGACGAAGUGCUAUUACUGAUGUCGGCUUGCAAACAGCAGUCUAACAAAUGCAUGCCUGUGCGCAGCCCCGUUAUGUCAAGCUUAAACACUUCAGUUGUCUUUGGAUUCUUGAACUUUAUUCUCUGGGCAGGAAAUAUUUGGUUUGUUUUUAAGGAAACUGGGUGGCAUUCCUCGGGCCAGAGGUACCCUCCAGACACCAUGGAGAAACAAUCAAGCAGCUAUAACCAAGGUGGCUAUAAUCAAGACAACUAUGGCCCAACUGGAGGAUAUAACCAACCUGCAGGCUUUGGCCAACAAGCUAACUAUGGCCAGGUGGGUGAAUAUGGCCAGCAGCAGAGCUAUAGUCAAAGUGGGCCCACCUCAUUUGCCAAUCAAAUUUAGCAUUCAUAGAGUUUGCAUUCUUAUACCCCUUAUAUGUAGACAGUGUAACAACACUGGGUUUCAGUGGCACCAGAUUUGUAAAGAAAGUUUAAAUAAAGUAAUACUCCAUGAGAGUAUGUAAUGUAAAUCAAAGAUCAGAUGAUAUCUAUUGAAGCAGAUGGUGGUGGCUAGUUUGUUAUUUUUGUCACUAGACAACUGAUGAUGAUGUAUUCAUCACAGGUGGUGAAUUGGAGUAAGUAUUGUUGUAUGUAUUGUAUAGAUAACUUUAUGGUAGUUUGUAUAUGUACUAAAAUGGUAGAAGCAUUUUGUAGCCUCAAGUCUGUAGUAUGUAAUAUGCAUAACAUAAUGAAGUAGAAUGGAAUUUUUCUUCUGCAUUUUGGUGAAAAAGAGAAGUGUUUUAUUCUGAUUUCUAAAGAUUAUUCAGUAUAUCACGAUGCAUGUAACAUUGUUCCCAAAUUUUCAAGACUGCCUCUUUGUGACGCUUUUAGAGCAUUUGUUCUUAGUAUAUUUUUUCCAGAGGAUUUUUUUAAUUAUUAUUUUGAUUAACCAAUUCCCAUGUGACUCAGUGCAUGAAUAAGCAGUUUCACACCAACAGAAUGUUUUGGACCCUGUAUAUGGAAUUUUUCAAUUUCUGCCACUACUUUUUUUUAUUAAAUGUAUGUUUAAGAAAACGUAUGUAUAUUUUAUAUAUUUUGCAGAGUUGGGUAUAUGGCUUACCCAAGUUCUGAAUGCUUUGUAACUAAAUUUUUUCCUUGAAAGAGCAUUCAGUAGCAUAAACAGUACCUGACCAAUGUUUAUUUCUGUUAACUAGGCUAAGUAUUCAUUCUAUAAAUCACUAUUUCUAUUGAUGUUUUGUGAAACUUUUAAUGUGAGCUGUGAAAACUAAGGACCAAGUAACUGUGUUAUAUGUUUACAAAGGUAUUUAUUUAAUUAGGAUAACAGAGGUGCAGAUAUCAGUAACCAAAACCAUGUGAAAAUAUGCCAUGUUGCAUGUGUAAUUUUAACAGAACAUGGCAACGACAUAGACUGUUGUUAGUCAUCAUUAUAAAGCGUAAUUAUUCCUUUAUUCCGGAUGGAAAUAUUUCAAUCUAUGCUAUUUGAAAAUCAUUAAAUGACCGUUCUAUUCCAUCAUUAUGGUGAAUGCUGAUUUUGAAUAACAGUUUUGGUGCUAUCAGGAAAUGUUAGGAAGAUGGCAAAAUCUAAAAAAACUCAUCUUAAAAUAUAUAAAGGCCAGAUUCCUAGCAGGUGUAAAUUGGCAUUGCUUCACUGAAGAUUUGGACUUUGCUUCUUACAGUACACAGGAUUCUGUGUAGCCAAAAGGGUCACCUUAAAUUCGCUUUUCUUACUCAGUUUGAAGCCUGAAACACAGCAUCAUAAUUGAAACUGAUCAUCUGCAUUUCUAAAUAAAAGUGUAUCCGUCUAUAAUAUUGUAUGAGCUGUAUGUAAAGCAUCUUAGCAUAAAACAACAUAGUCUUAUAUGAUUGUUGUAACCAAUUUAUGGCUACUCAGUGGAUGGAUCUAUAUUGUGAUAUCUAUUUGACCCUAAUAAAGUUAUUGCAUACAAUGUACA